AUGUCUUCCUUCAAAGUCAUCGUUAUCGGCGGAAGUAUCGCUGGUUUAACACUGGCCAACAUCCUCGAACGGUAUAACAUUGACUAUGUACUGCUCGAAAAGUAUCGUGACAUUGCCCCUCAGCUUGGCGCCAGUAUUGGUGUGCUCCCUUAUGGAUUCCAGAUCCUCGAGCAGCUGGGUGUUUGCAACAAAGUCGAGGCAAUCAGUGAGCCCAUAGAGAAAAUGCGCAGUUUUGGUCCGGAUGGGACGCGCUUGAAUGCGCAGGAUGGCUUUGGUAAAAUGCUUUCGGAGAUAACAGGAUAUAAAAUGUGUUUCUUGGAUCGUCGCCAAUUAGUCCAGACUCUGUAUGACAACCUCAAAGACAAGUCGAAGGUUCUUGUUUCGCGUGAGAUUUUCAAAAUCGAGCAACUCGAUGGACAGGUCAGGAUCAUCACCAAAGACGGCACUGCUUUUGCUGGAGAUCUGCUGGUCGGCGCAGAUGGCGUUCACAGUCGGACACGCGAGGAAAUGUGGAGGAUUGCGGACUUGGAGGCACCUGAAUAUGACACAGACACCUUGAAGAAAUCCAUAAAAUGCACCUACAAAUGCCUGUUCGGCAUCGCAGAACGCCCCGACGGCAUCGCCGACGACACCGGCUUCAAAACCUUUCACCAAAACCGCUCCUAUCUCUACCAGACCGGCCCGGAGAACAAGAUGUACUUUUUUGCCUUUCUCAAGAAUGCAGAAAAGACCAUCCACGCGUCGAUUCCGAAAUACACUGCUGAAGAUAUCGAGACUGUGGCGGCGGAGUAUGGCAAUGACUCUCUCUUUCCGGGUCUUACGUUUGGGGAUUUGCUCAGGAGACGGAAAACGGCUGUUCUGGUGCCGUUGCAUGAGUAUGUGCUGGAGAGGUGUUUUUAUAAACGGGCCAUCGUUAUUGGGGAUGCUUUCCACAAGUUCAAUCCCCUCACGGGACAGGGAGGAAACUCAGCCAUCGAAUCUGCCGGCCUUCUGGCAGAUCUUCUGAGAGACAUCAUCGACCAGAAAUCCGAUAUAACAGACAGCAUGAUUACAGCCCAAUUCACCACAUUCCAGGGACAGCGAAAACCCAGAGCAAAAACUCUCAUGGAAGCAGCCAUGGGUCUGCAGCGCAUGGAGGCCCUCGAGACUCGGUUCCACAAAUUCAUCAACCUGAGCAUCAUGAGCAAGUUGCAUCCUAAUAAGCUGGCGCCUGGGUUUUCGGAGUUUUGCUCGCCUGGCCAUGUUCUGCAGUAUCUGCCUCCGCCGCCGCAACGAGGAGCGGUUGCGGCGGAUGAGGUUGUUGUGGCAGAGCCAAAGCAGCGGUCAAUGGCUGUUACGGCGCCUGCUAUAGUGGUGAUGUUGCUGAUUGCUGCUAUCAGUCCUGUUGUAUUGAAUGUUUUCAACUUGACAGGCUCUGGUUCGCAAAUGGUUCAGAUCUAUACUCUGAUCACCACGACUGCCGUUAAUGGGCUGUGGGUGGUUGAAUCCUAUCGACCAGGUCAGUUCCUAGGACCGCUAUACAGUGCCACUCCCUAUAUCCUCGCCUCUAUCUUUUGUGGAUGGGAAAUCAUCCUGCCCAUCUACUUUGCCAUUUACAUCUUCCGAAGCCACUCUCGCGGUUUCUACUAUCCCCAUCCCCGGACCAUCAAUCUCGGCGCUGCCAAAUCCCUGUCAACAGGGCUGCUAGUAGCCUACAUCCUGCCCAUACUCCACACCAUCACCGGAUUGAAGCAUUUCGUCUCGGAUAUUUCCGGAUGGAUGAUUCCCGUUGCUCAUCUCAUUCUGCCCGUCUUGCUCUUCCUAGGAGAGAGGUCGUUCAUGAAAUCUUCGUCGAAUAUGAAGCUCGCUGAGAUAUUGUAUAAUACGCGGGACAUGCCGCAUCUGUCACGAUUCUACGCGUUAAUCGUCUUCCUUGCUAGUACCGUCCAUGUCGUCAUUGCCAGUCAGGUCUUGUCUCAACUCAGAAUGGAUGAGUUGAGCUUGCCGAUGAUUUCAUCGGGCGCAGUACAGCUGGCAUGUCUCACUCUGGCCAUCGCCACAUGGUGUCUGUUUACAGUGUGGGAUUUGCAUCGGGUGAAUGUCAUUCGGACUUCUGCCCUUCCUGCUACAGCACUCUGCAUCCUUGGAGUCGUGCUUUUAGGACCCGGUGCUACUGUGAUUGGACUAUGGGGAUGGAGAGAGUAUGCAUUGGAGGCAUCCAGACUGCGAAAGUGAGCUGAGUUUCGGAUGCUGGCCGUUGGAGUCAGUAUCAUGAUCUAUGAGAUGGCUGUCUAAAUAUUCAGAUCAAUAUACAACGAUAUGAAGUGAGGCGAGACAUGUCUGAAGUGGCAAUAUAUCC